GUUUAGUGGGCUUUCACAGGACCUCGUCUCUCCCGGCUACGUUUUCGCCAAACCAGAGUGGAUUCUCAGCUCUCGUAAGGACUUUCAUCGACAUCAUGGAUCUACCAGCGCCGUCAAUUAUUAGGGACUUGAAGCGGCGUCUCUUUACACCCCUCGUCAUCUUAGCCGAGAUCUUAGGGAUGCUAUCGGUGGUCCUCAUAGGGGUAUGGGUGGCUUAUUACCCGGUUAGAUCUGGAUUUCAUUGGGACCUUCUGGGAAAAAUUUAUAUUCAUCCUUUCAUUAUGACGGUGGGCAUGGUUUUCGUUUUCGGAAAUAGCACACUCCUCUAUCGCAUCUCUGACCGGCUAUCUAUCCGUCCCAAGCUUGUAAAAACAUGUCAUGUAGUGAUGAUGAUGAUCGUGCUCGCAUGUACAGCCAUUGGCAUCUACCUUGCCGUUACCUCCAUCAUAGGGAAGACAUUGGACAACGUUCAUGCCGUGCUGGGCAUUGCGACCACCACCUUGUUCGUUUUACAGUUUAUAUGUGCGUUGUUUAUCUUCGUCACACCAUGCGCACCUGAAUGGUUAAAAGUGUCCUAUUUGCACCUCCACGCUUUCAUCGGGAUCCUGACACUGGUGUCUGCUACGGCUACCUGUCUCACUGGAAUUCAAUUCGGUCAAGCUUUUUACGGUAGUCAUCCAGCAAUCUCCCUGUCUUUGACCAUGUUCAUCCCAGCCUUCACAGCAAUCAUCAUAUACAUCCUGAGCAAUGAAGUUUAUCGUGCAAAGAGAAAUCACCAAAUUAAUUAGUUCAAUCGUCUGAUCGUUAAACAUAGUCAUGUAGAGGUGUCGUGGUCAAGCGGAUACGUCAAUGGACUGUGGAUCACAUUGUUCGCGAUUCGAGUCCCGUCGCGGUACCAAUGUCCUUUUGCAAGACAUACAUUUGCCACUCUCCACCCAAGUGAAGUAUGGGUACCCAGUAUAGAAAGGAAAUUCUACAUGCUUUAUACACCUUAUUAUGGCGACUAAGCUACUGCCGGGGUAAUUAUGAUACUUCGUCUUAGGCGCAGUAAAGUAUAUUCAUACAGUACAUAUAGCUUCGCUAUAUAAAUGGACCUAAUAUU